AUGGACGAUCCACUCAGCGCCAAGUUCACCCCGGAGAAAAUAUGGCAGCGGCUACAGCGGAGCAAGAACAGAACACUAUACGUAGGCGUAUAUAACCGGUACGAUCGAGGAGGACACAUCUGUACUGCUGUUUUCAACGCAGUCCGAAAGCUACAGCACGUGCCGAGGAGCUGGGACGAAUCUAGCACCAUCCUCAUCCCAAAAAACGGAGACCCAAGAAACGUAAACAACUGGAGACCGAUAGCGCUGUCAAACACACUGGGAAAACUUUACGCAUCGGUGAUCUCGAGCAGAUUCUCCAAGUGGUGCAUCAAGAACGACCGCAUAUCACCGUCGCAGAAAGGCUUCAUACAGAGCACAACUUCACGCUGCAGUCAAUUAUCCAGGACGCAAGAAGGAAGCAGAAAUAAGCCGCCAUAG